AUGCCCGGAACUUUUGGAGCAUCCAAUUUCGCACAUAGUUUGACAAUGAUCAAAAUAGCUAUCGCUGGGACUAGUGGGCUUGCCCAGUACAUCUCCACACAAACAUGUCACCAGUUUAUCUUCUUCUCGCGAAAUGACAACCCGGGCCUCACCGCGAAAGGUUGGCAAGUAAUAAAGGUUGAUUACGGCGACGAAAACGAUCUCCAAUACGCCUUAACCGGCAUUGACACCGUGAUAUCCACCAUAUCAGGGCAGCCCGAAAUAGCUCUAAUUGAUGCCGCUGCUCAACUCCACGUCAGGCGCUUUGUUCCGUCAGAAUUUGAGGGAAGUCAAUCUACGCGCCCAGCAGCUGACAUCCUGGACCGAGGAAACAGGAGUAGUCUUGCCCGCUUGCAAGGGUAUGCAAAGUACGGCAUGGAGUAUGCCGUUUUUUGCUUGUGGGAUAUUCUACGAACGUUUUGCUCCGGGCGGUAUGGCUUCCUUCCAAAUUGGCAAGAGCACACGCAUAGACGCUGA